CAGCGGACGAGUCUGAGGAGCUUUAGCUCUUUGGAUGGGGUUUCGUCCUGUGUUCAACUACCCAGCACCCCUGAUUUCGUUCGGGGAGUGUAUGAGUUUCGUCUCGGGUGGUUUCGUCCUUGCAACCAUGAGCUGUGUCUUUUAAACGAAUUCUGGGAUAGUUCUAUGUUGCUACAAAAACGGAAGCUUACAACUAUUGCUGAACGCACGGCACUGUUGGAGGAGCAUACAACAAAUGUUAUGGCUUCGACGUUCAAACAAGAUCUGAUUGUGCGAGAGGAGUUUAUAAAACAAGAACGAAAUAAGUUUGCGAGACGCCUAGAGGAGACAAACCUGUCGUACAAAAGUCAAGAAAAGUCCGACGAUUAUUUCAUGCCUAUCCGUAAACCAAAACGGAAAAUAUAUUUAUCGUUACGAAAGAAUAAAGAGUCGGCUGAUUCGGCUGUAUCUAAGAAGGCCAAAACCACGAAGGAAAUGCCAUAUCAUCAGCAGGAGUAG